AUGAGGACUGUUAAAGAUAUAAGUAUUUUAGACAUGUCAGGAUUUGAAAAUUUACCAAGAAAUGGAUUUGAACAACUUUGUAUAAAUUCAGCAAAUGAAAGAAUGCAAAUGUUUCUUACUGAAGCAAUGUUUGUUCAAGAAGAAACUGACUAUAUAUCAGAGGGCAUAGUGGUUUCCCCUGCUGAGUUCCAAAAUAAUGAUGAAAUUGUAGAUUUUUUAUUUGAGAGAUCAUUAUCAGAUUUAAUGAACAAAAUGUCUGAUGCCAAGCCUUGGUUUGUCAGAUGUAUUAAGCCCAAUGAAAAACAAGUUCCAGAUAAAUUACAAACUGAUCUUAUUGUGGAUCAGUUGAAAUGUAAUGGAUUACUUGAAAUUGCAAGGAUUCGUAAAAAUGGAUACGCACUUCGUUUGACUGCGGAAGAAUUCUUACAGAGAUAUCGAGACAUAUCCUUUGAAAGGAAAGAGGUAAUACAAUCAACGUUUGACAACUGUGAAAAAGUUCUACUUGACGCCAAAAUUACUGGCUAUGCCUUUGGCAAACAAAAGGUGCGUCUGUGUGAAUUAUAA